UCAUGCAAAGCAAAGCUAAGCAAAGCAAGGAAGGGAAGGAGGAACUGGCUCCAUCGUCACUCUCGAUGACCCCCCUCUCCUCCCUCCCCUACCACAGACUUCCUUUGCUCCUCUCCUCUCCUCGCACAGGAGGGUUUCUAGAACCUCGCUGUGUCGUUUACUUAUUUCCCCUCUCCUGCUCCUCCUCCCUUUCUCUACUUCAUUCUCCUUUCCCCCCCCCCUCUCUCUCUCUCUAGCUUACGGGUGUGCCUUUUGUGGUGCACAUGGCGUUGGUAACGAACGCCCUUCCCCUUCUCUCUGAUCCUUCGUAGGGUUUGCCUGCAGCAGCAGCAGCAGCAGCAGCAGCUCAGUUGAUUUGUGAUUCGUGAGUUUGUUUUUGUUUUUUUUUGGAGGGGUGGUGUAGGUAUGUUUUGUAGAAUUUCAGCUUCAGGAAUAGUGUGAGGAGGAAUUGGGAAGGAGUUGAGGGGGGGGGGGGGUGGUGAGGUUGGGGGUCACCAUGAAUCGUCGGAAAGGGAACAAGUCGGUGGAGGAGGAGGACGGUACCCCAGCGUCGUCGGGGAAUCAGAAGAGAGAGAAAGAGCGAGAGACUGAGAAAUUGAAAGACUCUGACAGUGAUGUGAGUAAAGUGGAGAAGCAGCAGCACAAGAAGCAUAAAAAGAAAUCUAAAUCUAAAUCUUCGUCGUGGGGUUGUGUGGAUUCGUGCUGCUGGUUAGUGGGUUAUAUCUGUGUGACUUGGUGGAUUUUGGUUGUUUUUUACAAUGCAUUGCCCCACUCGCUGCCGCAGUACGUGACGGAGAGAAUUACUGGUCCCCUUCCUGAUCCCCCGGGUGUGACCCUGAAGAAGCAAGGGGUUCAUGUGAAGCAUCCUGUGGUAUUCGUUCCUGGUAUUGUUACGGGAGGGUUGGAACUCUGGGAAGGAAAGCCUUGUGCGGACGGACUCUUCCGCAAACGUCUCUGGGGUGGGACAUUUGGGGAGAUUUACAAGAGGCCGAGAUGCUGGAUGGAGCACAUGUCUCUCGACAACGAGACAGGGUUAGAUCCGGAAGGUAUUAGGGUACGACCAGUGUCUGGUCUUGUUGCAGCUGAUUACUUCGCUCCUGGCUACUUUGUGUGGGCUGUAUUGAUCGAGAACCUCGCGCGUAUUGGUUACGAGGAGAAAAAUAUGUACAUGGCUUCUUACGAUUGGCGACUUACCUUUCAAAACACUGAGGUACGAGAUCAAUCACUAAGCAGGUUGAAAAGCACAAUCGAGUCAAUGGUACGGACCAGUGGUAACAAGGCUGUAGUAAUACCGCAUUCUAUGGGCUCCCUUUAUUUCUUGCACUUCUUGAAAUGGGUUGAAGCGCCCGCCCCCAUGGGUGGUGGAGGCGGACCUGAUUGGGUAGCUCGUCAUAUCAAAGCAACCAUGAACAUUGCUGGGCCUUUUCUGGGCGUGCCCAAAGCUUUUGCAGGCAUCUUCUCUGCAGAAGCCAAGGACAUUGCUGUCGCCAGGGCAAUCGCGCCAGGAGUCUUAGACAAUGACAUCUUUGGGCUGCAAACGCUCCAGUACAUCAUGAAGGUGACACGUACUUGGGACUCUUGCUUGUCCAUGCUCCCAAAAGGUGGCAAAACUAUCUGGGGUGAUGCUUCUUGGUCACCAGAAGAAGGCUACGAUUGCUCCACGAAGAAAUCAGAUGACGCUGCAGAUGGGUUGGUGAAGGGCCAAACUGAAUCCGGGGUGCAGGUUGGGGCACAUGGGAAACCCUCUGCCCACUAUGGACGUAUGGUUGCCUUCGGCAAAGAGGCUGCUGCAAUGUCCCAUGAAGUCAUUGUCAACCGAAAGAAGGAGAUCAAGACGCCAACAAACACUACAUUGCGGAACACCACAGCCUGUGGGGAUGUGUGGACGGAAUAUCAAGAACUUACUUGGGAUGAUGUGGAAGAGAUAGCCAGCCGCGAAAUCUUCAAUGCUGAUGACCUUGUUGAAGUACUGAGGAAGGUAGCUCCAAAGCUCAUGGCUCGCGGCGAGGACAAUUGGAGUUUUAAUAUUGCUGAUGAUCCGAGUGACGAAAAGUAUCAGCAUUAUCGAUACUGGGCAAAUCCUCUUGAAACCACGCUACCCAAUGCGCCAGAUAUGGAGGUCUACUGUCUCUAUGGUGUGGGCAUUCCCACAGAAAGGUCUUAUAUUUACAAAGUGUCGCCCUCUGCAGACAAUUGCUACAUACCCUUCCGCAUUGAUACAUCGGCCGAUGGGGGUUCAGAGGGUUGUUUGAAAGGUGGCGUACAGUUCGUGGAUGGAGAUGAAACCGUUCCAGCGCUGAGUGCUGGGUACCUUUGUCACGCACCGUGGAAAGGAAAGACAAAGUUCAACCCUGGCGGAAGUCCAAGUUACGUAAGAGAAUAUAAACAUGCCCCCCCUUCGAACUUGCUGGAGGGGCGUGGUACACAAAGUGGGGCUCACGUUGACAUAAUGGGCAAUUUUGCUUUGAUUGAAGAUAUAUUGAAGGUUGCUGCAGGAAUGACCGGUGAAGAUAUUGGUGGCAACCGAAUAUUCUCAGACCUACGCGAAUGGUCAGAACGUAUUAAACUGAAGUUGUGAUUGAUUGUAAGACGUCUUUGAAUGAGACACCCCUGUUUACACUAUUGAAGCUUUGAUGAGAUUGACCGUUAUUCGCUUUCCUGUAUGCUGCGCACGUGGAGGAAAUGCUGAGCACCAACAUUCUUGUGGCGAGUUGAAACUGCUAGAUCAUUGUAAAGUUAGGCUACUUCUUAAAUCGAACAAAGCAAUGUGAGGAUCUACCAUUCCACACGCCUAUGUAUCAUGAAGUUAGAUUAGACUAUCUAGGUGUUUGUAGGAUGGCACUUGGAAAAAUGUGUGUAGAUUUUGUGAGGUUACAACCUUUGAGUUAGGGGCUGCGUUGAGUUUGUGCUUCUAACUCACACAAAUGCUCUUCAUGAGAUGGUAAUUUUCUUGAUUAGGACCUGUUCAUGAAAUGGGAACACCCACUAUUUAUUAUUUUUACCCGUUGUCGGGGGUUUAUGUCGCAAGCGACAGUACUUUGUACUUCAGCGGUGAUUGUGAACCUGUAUACACUGGAAAGCAAUUUCUGCGUUCACCUCA